AGUACUGGGAAGCUGCAGCAGGGUUCAGUACUGGGAAGCUUCAUCAGGGUUUGGUACUGGGAAGCUUCAUCAGGGUUUGGUACUGGGAAGGUGCAUCAGGGUUCAGUAAGGCUCAAAGCUUUGCUGGCCCUCACAACCCCUAAUGACAACGCCAUCAUGAUAAUUUAAUGUUGUAAUGGCACAACAAGGAAAACCACCUCAGAGUCGGGAAGCACUACUCAAGUCAUACAAUAAAAGGCUUAAGGAUGAUGUCAAAUCUAUCCUUGAUAAUUUUAUGGAGAUUGUAAAGCUGGGUGUAGUGGAAGAAGAAUGUCAGGUGAACAGAAUGACACAAGUUGAAGAGAUCAAUUUCCAAAUACAAGUGCGGUCUGCUAACAUGGUGAGAGCUGCAGAAUCACUAAUGAAGUUAGUUGCUGAUGUUAAACAGUACCUUAUACUCAAUGACUUCCCUUCAGUAAAUGAAGCCAUUACACAAAAUUCCCAAAUUUUCAAAACGAAGAGUCAAGAGGCAGACCAGAAGCUAAUGGCAUUACGUGAUGACAUGGCCUCAGACCUUUAUGAACUUGAAGAGGAAUUUUAUUCUUCUAUUUAUAAGGAAAAAUAAAUCAGGAUGAACAGAUUAGAGGACAACACAACAAUCUCAAGGUGUAGAUUGAAAAGCUAUAAUAAAUAGGGUUAAUUCAACAUACAGUACAGAA